GGCCCGCGCAGCGACGCGGAGGAGGCGAUGAAGGGCGAGAUCCGGGUGCUGAAGCAGCGCCUGGCGUCCUCGGAGAGAGCUCGACUCGCGGUGUUCGAGGAGAAGUGCGAGCUGGAGGAGGAGGAGAAUGACUCGAGGCUGAUGGUGCAAAGGCUGGAGUCCCAGAUGGAGGCCCGCGAGAGAGAUGGAGAACCUGCUGAGCGCGUCGUUGGCCCAGGAACAAGAAAUCUCCCGGGAGCUUCACCGCCGCGUCAGGGACCUCCAGAUCCUGGAGAAGGAUUACCGUGGCCGCCUUGACAAGCUGGAGACCGUGACCCGCAGGACGGAGGAGAAGGCGUCGGCCUUGGCUCAAGCCGAGACGCCCUCUCGCAGCAGCUGUCCUUCGCGGCGUGGGCCUCGUGGCCGCCGAGUACUGGCGGCAGCUGGUACCGGAGCCGUCCGCUGCCCUCGUCCCGUACAGCGGCAGCACGCUAAAAGUGUCUCCCGCAACCUACCCCACGAAACCCUUCCUGGAAGGGCGCAUAUUCAAGAGGGAACGCGACCCUCGAGAAGCCGAUAAUGAUGUGUAUGUGUGUCCCCCCGUUGUGUGUGAUG